AUGCAGGGGGUCGGGAAACGGGAGGCCGAGCGCGGUUCGCCCCCGCACAACGACACAAGUACAGGGUGCUUGGAGCGCUGCAGCGCAGCAACAAGGGGAAGUGCCGGAGUGGACGUGGCAACCGCAGUAGAUGUCAUGCUAACCGAUACGAGAGUGCGAGUGAUUGAGUCAGAAUUAUCUGGUCCGCUAGGGCAGGGGCUGAGUGCAUUGUUACUGGGGAGAUCAUCGGUAUCGCGGCAGGGUAUCUUUGUCGUUCCUGGUCUAAUUGAUGCCGAUUAUACAGGCGUAAUUAAGAUAAUGGUGUAUACAAGCGCGCCCCCAGUAACAAUCCCAGCACAUAGUAAGAUAGCGCAGCUGAUACCGUUCAAGGCCUGCGUUCCUCAUGAUGCUCUAACAGAGAGGUGCAAUGGCGAGUUCGGAUCUACUGGCCCUCUGAACAUGCUAUUGGCCAUUGAUAUUAAAAAGGGCAAGCCGGAGGAGCUUGUUCGUCUCCAACAUCCUGGGGGCCAGACGAUUACUCUUACCAUGGUGGUGGAUACAGGGGCAGACGUAUCCAUCAUCCCUCAGCAUAUGUGGCCACGCGCCUGGCCGAUAUCUCUGGCCGCCACCUCUGUUAUGGGCGUAGGAGGAGCACAGUGGACGGUUGACUACAGCGCCUUUUUAGUAGCGGCCAUUGGGGUGCAGUCGACCCUGAAGCUAACAUGGAAAAUGGAAACUCCCGUUUGGGUAGACCAGUGGCCGCUCAAGCAAGAUCGGCUGCACAUUGUUGAACAAUUAGUUCAAGAGCAAUUAGAGGCGGGGCAUAUUGUUCCAUCUCAAAGCCCGUGGAACACCCCAAUCUUUACAAUUCCGAAAAAGUCAGGGAAAUGGAGGCUUCUCCAUGACCUUCGGGCAAUUAAUGCAGUAAUGCAGGAUAUGGGCGCCCUUCAGCCUGGCCUUCCAUCACCGGUCAUGCUACCGGAAGGCUGGGAUUUAUUAAUUAUUGAUUUAAAGGAUUGCUUUUUCACGAUAGCCCUCCAUCCUCAAGAUGCAGAGAAGUUCGCUUUCAUAGUACCGUCGAUCAACAAGGCCGCACCAGCGAAACGUUAUCAUUGGGUAGUUCUACCACAAGGUAUGAAAAAUUCCCCUACUAUCUGUCAAACAUUUGUGGCCUGGGCACUGCAACCAGUACGUGCAAAGCAUCCAGAGUUGCUGAUCUAUCACUACAUGGGUGACAUUCUGAUAGCUGGGGAAAACAUGUGCAUGAAGUCGGUUUUUCAGGAAGUAGGGGAAGAGCUAGGUAAAAGGGGAUUGACCAUAGCUCCGGAAAAGGUGCAACGCCAGGGGCCGUGGAAUUAUCUAGGUUGGACAAUUAUGGGGAGUGAGAUUCGGCCCCAAAAGAUAGCAAUUAGGACGGAGGUUCGGACCCUUGUGGAUGUGCAAAGGUUGGUUGGAGAUAUACAGUGGGUCAGGGGAAUAUGUGGUAUCACCAACGAUGAUAUAGCACCACUAAUGCCCCUGCUAGGCACAUCAGUCAAUGCAAGUGAGGCACGUGAGUUGUCUAAGGAACAGCGGGAGGCGGUCCAAGCGAUCGCGGAAAAAAUAGCGGGUGCCUACGCGAGUCGGAUAAUAUUAGAGAAAAAGAUUUGGUUCCUUAUCGUUAAUUCGGGAGGGUCUCACCAACAUCCUAUGGGGCUUAUAGCUCAGAUACUCCAGGGUUUGCGAACGCUGCACAUUUUGGAGUGGGUUUUCCUUUCGUACUAG